ACACGCUUCUGUGCACACUUGAUUAGGGAUUUGGUGAUAAAGUUAUUGCAUUUUUUUUAUCAAACAUUUUGUUGGUUGUCCAAUUUAAUUCUCAUGACAAUUACGACAGAAGGACUCCGUUCGGAACUGUCGUUCAAACCAUGGUUUUGACCACGGAAUAACGGAUAUUUCAAUAUCAGUUUUUGUGUUGUUUUCAAAAGUGUUGUCAUUAAUUUCGUCUGCUCGCGGUUCUGUUACAGUGAAAGUUUACUUAAUGCUACUUUAAAAGUGUUUUAUGAAUUACCGCAUCCAACUAUAGCAAUUAGUAAGUGAUUAACAAUGAACUGACUUCAAACACGCCUUUUAUUGACAGAAAUACUUGAUUAACAUUUUUUAACAACAAGCUAAAGCUGGUAUAUGUCUAAAUGAUCAAUGCAUGAACUCUCCUGAAAGUUUGGAAGACAUUGAAGAAUGGACGAGAUUCGAUUACUUCUCUUUGGACUUGUGAUAGCACUACUGCUGGGACCUAAUGAAAGCCUUAAGUGCUUCCAGUGCGCUGAAACCACGGAUACAGGCCACUGCGCACGGGACAUAGCAGGAUUGGUCAAUGCUUCCCUGGGAAUCCCAACCUGGUAUCAUUACGCCAAGGACUGCACGGCAAGCAACCCUGACUGGGCCCUGUGCAUGAUACAAACUACUGAGACAAACGGUAAAAAUCAAUUGUUUCAUCGAGGCUGCCAUGACGGGCAUACUUUCGAUAUCGGCCUGGACAGUCCACGAUUUCACAACGUCAGCGCGAACAAUGCUUCCACCUGUGCCUACGUGAAGGACACCAACCUUCUCGUCUGCUACUGGUUCUGUGAUGAGGACUUCUGCAACGGCCCGCAGCCGGAGCCCCAGAAGGUGUGCAACUUUACGAUAUCUUCAGACGGCUUCUAUGACAAUGUGGAGAACCCUUGCCUCGGACUUUGCCUUCUGCCGGAAGUGUUUCUAUGUCUGCUUUCUUUCAUGACGUCAUUGUACUUUAUAAACUAGAUCUGAUCUUCAUUGAGUUGUAAAACCUACAUGGAAAUCUUAACGUAGUUGUCUGUGUAUAUUGAAUUACGUGUCUAUAUGAUAGCAUGGAAAGUUUUUUAUUACCGUUUUAACCUUCGAUGUUUAUAAAUUUGAAGAAUCACCUUCACCUUCAUCCAUCCCUUAGUCUGUUGGACCGUUGGGGCACCACACAAGUUUUUCAACCGUCUUUCUCCAUUCCUCUCUGUCUUUUGCCUUGGAUAGAGCCUCUUUUGUUUUUCUAUUUGUAACCUAUGGUUUAGUGUUUUAUGUAUUAUAGCUACUUUACUUUUUAUUCUUCUGCUUUCUCUGCCUCUUCUUCUUUUUCCUGGUACUGUUCCCUGAAGGAAGUUAUUUGCGAGCCCUGAAGACCUUGUAAUAUGGCCACAGUUUUUAGCUUUCGUUUUUAUUUUACAAUAGUUAGCAUGUCAUCGUGGGGUCUCUAAUCGCUUGGUUUGAGAUGCGGUCUUAAAAUGUGAUAUCUAGGAUCCUUCUGUAGCAUCUCAGAUUCAUUGUCUUAUCUUUUAUAAAACAGACGUUACUUCAAAAAAGAAGAUGAUUACGUCCUACGCGUCAUGCAUUCAGUCAUGCAUAUUAACCAAUGACUUAAUUGCUAGGAUCCUCCUCUCUAGCUCUGCAGUCAGCGUCCAAGACUCGCAAGCAUGUAAGAAUGUAAGACCAUGACACGAGUCAGACUGAUGCGCUCCCUGGUCAUGGCCUGGAAGUUAAGAGAAUACCACCACCUAAAACGACAUUUUGUGUGUAUUACUAUGUACUCUGGGGCGCGGUGGCUGAGUGGUGAAGCCCUUGGAAUCCGAACCUGUGAUCCUCGGUUCGAAGCUGAAGACUGGGAUUUCGAAUUUCAGGAUUUUAGGACGCCCAUUAAUCCACCCAGCCCUAAUAACUACCUGACUUUAGUUGGUGAAAGUAAAAGCGGUUGGUUGUUGUUCUGGCCACUUGACACCCUGCUCGUUAACCAAAGAAAGAGAUGACCUUAAUUUGACAUCAUCUGACCUUUAGACUGCAUGGAUUGAAUUGUGUAUUGUUGGUGCUGGCUAUGGCUUCAAUCAUAGUCCGUUCAACAAAGUAAUGGAAAAAAAUUUAAUUUUAACUUUUAACCAUUUAACGUUAAACAAUUGUAUUACCUUUGGUCAUAAUUUUAGAACAUAUACAAAACGUUUUGUUUACCUGAUUCUUUUUAACAUGUAUAAAUAUUAUGUACUUAAAAAAAGAAAAAGUGGCUACCUGGUUGAGUGGAAGGCACGCCGGGCUGUCGUUACAAUAAUCCGGGGCUUGCCCACAGUUAUCCCCCUUCCGUCCUACAGGAGGUACAGGAUAGUAUGUACUGUGAUAGUCGUUUGUUUAAUGCGAAUUUCCGCGAUGUAAGGGAGAUAAUUGUUGAUGUAUUUAAGAAGCAUUUGAACCCUUAAGAUCUACGUGUUCAUGUUCAUAACCUCCCUUUGAACGAUACAGCCAUUCUAGAGUGUUCUUCAAAGCUGGGCCUCCAUGUGAUACCCUACCAGUUCAUUUAAUUGAGUAAUUCCAAAAUUGUAAUUUAGCGUAAGUGAAUUUCAUUUUGAUGUUGACAUGAAUAACGCAUGUAUUAUACCUAUGAAAUACUUUGCAGUAAUAUAUUUUCAUACAUGGUGGAAAAAAACUAUAAAUAUCUGUUUUGUGUGUGUGUAUUCGGUGUACAAAAUAAAGGACUUUUUUGAAAACUGUA